AUGAAGCCGCGGGAAAAGGUGGUGACCGCAGAAGACAUACAGAGCUCACUCUAUUUCGUCCACGUUGAGCAACCAGAAGAUGCUUACCUUGUCGACCCUCCUGGAUUUCAGGAUCCAGAUUAUGCGCAAGAGAGCCAGUUGUCUUCAAAUCCCGUCUCUGCGCCCAUAGUCCCAAGGAAAGCAGUACCCGGCAUAAACACAGCUCCCAUACGGAAGCCCGUUCCUAGCCCUCUAGCGCCCAUCAAUAACUACUCCAACAACCAAAACACUGAUGCAGGCAACUAUGCGCGGAGAUCUGCAAUGCUCGCCCCAGAGUAUAGCCACAGCCCACGACGCUCAUUCGAUGCAAGCCAGUACCAACAGGAAAACCGAAGACCGACAGCUUCGCCACGCAGACGAUCGGAGAACCCGUCACGCUCCAGUGCAUCGCUCACCCUUAUCCGGCGAGAUCCCGCAUCUGGUGCGCAAUGGAAUGUUGCUCGCAUUGAGGACCCACCUAUCCUAGAUGUCUCGUCCGCCUCGAAUGAUCCUAGCAUCAAGAAGAAGUUGGGAGCACCGAUGUAUAUUGAAGUUUUCAAUCCUGGCUACUCCAAAUUUCUGCAUUCCGACACCACUAACAAGCCCCCUUUGACAACACGGGAUAGUGGCAUGUCUAUCCAGUCACGUAACGCAGAGUCAAAACAGCAGACGGGGGCUCAUCUGUCUACGAACGAGAACGUGUUCCGUCGACGCAUCUGGAUGGAAGGAUCGCAGCACAUCGGCGGCUUUGGACAUCGAAAGCUUAAUUCGUAUGACUACGAUACCGGGCGUCCUGACUCACGGGGCAGUUACCGCAAGACCAGUCAUAUGCUAGCAUCCAGGUCUCGGAUAGGCAAACCAGUUUUCGUGGUUAUGUGUUCACGAGUCCGUGGAACGGACGAUGUGAAUUCACCACCGGAGUAG